AUGGGCAAGAAAUGGAUGAAUUUGUCUGUCCCUGCUGAGAACUCCCAGUUUGUCACUUCCGGUGCAGCGCGAUCCCGUCGCAAGCGGGGGUUUGACCGAGAGGGAAACCCCGGGCUAUUUUGGAGGAUUAGGGGGUGCUUCAGGGCGCGGAGGCCCCCCGAAAAACUUCUGGAGGGUGUCCAGAAGGUCUGGUUCCCGUUCCGACCAGAAAGCGACCAACCCGGCCGCCAGGUAGCUUCAAAAGAAGUGAAAAGAGCGGCGGUGUUGUUCAGCGGGUCGAGGGAAGCCAUUGCCGACCUCCUAAUAGCGAAGCCCCGAGCUUGUCGAGAAAGCGCUACAUUCUCAAAACUAAGGACUCCGGCUUCAAACUAA